AAGAGAUGCCACGUCCCACAGAGCCUAACAUAUUGACAUUCUGGCCCUCCUGGAAGUGUUCACACCUCCUGCUUAGUAGGAUCAAGAAGCCGCGAGCAUCCCAGGGAGGUGGACGCUGCACUGGCUACUGCAGGGGGCAGUUGGGUUACCUCUGUGUUUGUUUUGUUCCGUAGUAAUCGGCGGCCUGCCACACCCAUGUGCCACUGACGGGGAGGCGUUCCCUGCGCAGCGCUUCAUGACCCAACCGCACGCGGCCCAGUGAAACCUCCGUGGUGUCAGCAUGGCCGCCCUGCUCCUGGGCGUGGAGCUGCUGCUGGCCCAGCCCCAGCUAGUGCCUUCCCGCCCCGCCGCCUUCGGAGCCGAGCCGGGCCAGCAGGAGCUUCUGCGGAAAGCGGGGACCUUCCUGGACGACGUGAGAGAAGGCACGGCCCCCAACGGCUCCGCGCAGCAGUUGCCGCAGACCAUCAUCAUCGGGGUGCGCAAGGGCGGCACCCGGGCGCUGCUGGAGAUGCUCAGCCUGCACCCCGACGUGGCGGCCGCGGAGAACGAGGUCCACUUCUUCGACUGGGAGGAGCAUUACAGCCACGGCCUGAGCUGGUACCUGAGCCAAAUGCCCUUCUCCUUCCCACAUCAGCUCACGGUGGAGAAAACCCCCGCGUACUUCACGUCGCCCAAAGUGCCUGAGAGAGUUCACAGCAUGAACCCGUCCAUCCGGCUGCUGCUGAUCCUGCGAGACCCGUCGGAGCGCGUGCUGUCCGACUACACCCAAGUGUUCUACAACCACAUGCAAAAGCGCAAGCCCUACCCGUCCAUCGAGGAGUUCCUGGUGCGAGACGGUCGGCUCAACGUGGGCUACAAGGCCCUCAACCGCAGCCUGUACCACGUGCACAUGCAGAAUUGGCUGCGCUUCUUCCCGCUACGCCACAUUCACAUCGUGGACGGCGACCGCCUCAUCAGGGACCCCUUUCCUGAGAUCCAAAAGGUGGAGAGGUUCCUGAAGCUGUCACCGCAGAUCAACGCCUCGAACUUCUACUUUAACAAAACCAAGGGCUUUUACUGCCUGAGGGACAGUGGUCGGGACCGCUGUUUGCACGAGUCCAAAGGCCGGGCACACCCCCAAGUCGAUCCCAAACUACUCCAUAAACUGCACGAAUAUUUUCAUGAGCCAAAUAAGAAAUUCUUCGAGCUGGUGGGCAGGACAUUUGACUGGCACUGAUCUGCAAUCAGCUCGGCUUGAAAACUGUCUUACUAUACGUUUGCGUGUACAUCUAGGGGGAAAAAGAAUUUUAAAAGGGCAUUGAAGCUAUAAUUUAUUUGUAAAAUCCAUAAAGUACUUCUGUACAGUAUUAGAUUCACAAUUGCCAUAUAUACUAGUUAUAUUUUUCUACUUGUUAAAUGGAGGGCAUUUUGUAUUGUUUUUCAUGGUUGUUAACAUUGUGUAAUAUGUCUCUAUAUGAAGGAACUAAGCUAUUUCACUGCAAAAAAAAAAAAAAAAGAUUUUUUUGGAGACACUGUCUUUUUUUGAAUAUAAUUAACUUGCCCCCAACUCAGAAGAGCUGUCUGUGUAGCACUCAUUGAAGACUUUGCAGAAUGGAGGUUCCUUUGUUAUUUAAAAAAAAAAUGUUCAUGGUUAUAAUGGUUCUCUCCUCCCCCUUUCCUUUC